AUGGAGGGAUUCCCCGCCCGCGGGUACGGCACCGGCGGCGCGGACAACCGGCCGCUCUUCGGGGAGACCUCGGCCAGGGACAGAAUCAUCAAUCUAGUUGUUGGUGGCUUAACAACCUUGCUGCUUGUAGUCACUCUAAUCAGUGCUUUUGUCUUCCCGCAACUACCUCCAAAACCUGUGAAUGUAUUUUUUGCUUUCUGCAUCUCCUUGUGUUGCAUUUCUGCUGGCAUUCUUAUCUACUGGUAUCGACAAGGAGACCUGGAACCCAAAUUUCGAAAUCUAAUUUACUACAUAUUGUUUUCUAUUGUCAUGUUAUGUAUAUGUGCCAACCUGUACUUCCAUGAAGUGGGUAAAUGAAGGACAUUGGGAAUACCCAGCAAUGAUGCUACUGUGUCAGACUGCUUCCAGCUCAGCUCUCAGCUCUACUCGACAUUUAAGUGAGAACCAUCAGCCUGAGAGGAAAGAAGUGGGUUGUGCAAGGAUAAAUCAGUACAUGAUUUUCAUGUAAAUGUAUAUGUAAUGUCCCUCUUGUUGGGGAGAAUUAUUGCCAUAAGACGUGACAUUCUGCUUUUUUUUGAAGAGCUACUGUUGCGCUUAAUGAACAUUCCAGUUGUACUGAUGUUUCAGAAUGGCACAAGCUUUUUCAUUUUGGAAAAAAAUGCACUUUUUUUAUUACUGUACAAAUAAACUGCAGCACUGAAAGG